UAUCCACCAGAACCGACAAUGCUGCAGGACGAGACAACGCGCUACCAACUGGUCCUGCAGGUGCGUCAAGACGUUUACACGGGCAAGCUGCCCUGCUCCUGGGUAACCCAGGCCCUCCUCGGCUCAUUUUUCGUCCAAUCAGAACUCGGCGACUACGAUCCCGCGGUCCACUCGCCUGGCAUUGACUACCUCAGACAAUUUGAAUUUGUGCGAAAUCCCACUGAGCAGCUGUUGCAGAAGAUCUCUGAGCUUCAUGUUACCCAUAAAGGUAUGAAGCCCGGACAGGCAGACAUCAAGUACUUGGAGACCGCCAAGCGACUGGACCUCUACGGACUGGAUCUUCAUCCAGCGAGAGACAUGGAGAAUGUCGAGAUCUACAUUGGUGUUGGCUACAGCGGCAUCGUCAUUUAUCGGGAUCGCGUUCGUAUUGGGCGCUUCGCGUGGCCCAAGGUCCUGCGGAUAUCUUAUAAGAAAAACUACUUCUACAUCAAGAUUCGUCCUGAUUACACGGAGCCGGAAGAGGCAAUAGUUGGGUUUGUCCUUCUAAAUCCGCAAAUGGCGAAGCGAUUGUGGAAGACAGCGGUAGAGCACCACGCAUUUUUCCGACUCAAGGAGCCACGUGUGGUGAAGAAGGGUCCCCUGCGAUCGCUCUCUGGCUCCCGCUACCAGUACUCGGGGCGAACCUUCUUCCAAUACCGCACCGCCGAGAUCGAUCGUCCCUCGGCAAGCUCUGAAGAGGGUCGGCCGCACCAGACGAGAACCGCCAGCGUUCCUGCAGCUCUUAAUCGAGCUGGGAUUCGCUACAACAGCGUGCAUUCGCUGAACCGAACUCAUCCUCGUGAUAUGUCGCUAGGAAAGGCACAAAGCAGCGACUACUUGGGACCGACAAGACCGGUUCAACAACCAAUCAGAAAUGAGACUCCGGUACCUCGCCAAAUCGAGUCAUCGCGACGCGCUCACCAACCUCGCCAAAUUCCAGCAGUGCGCGCCCAACCGUCUCAGCCAAUCGCAAGGAGGUAUCAUCACGCGCCAUCGCCGAUUUACCACGACAACGACGGCUCGCUCUUCGAUGGUGCGAGCACACGGGGCGACGGAUCUCUUCUUGAAUCAGGUGUCCGCGCCGCAGACUAUGAGGUCCCACGGCAACUAACUGCCAGCCAGUUUUCGUCCUACGCUCAGGAGCAGGAGGAGUUGUCGGUGCUGAGUGGUCUAGACACCAACGGGGACAUCCCAGUGCCCGAGAUCAAUAACGCGGCCUGGUCCACCACGAACUCCUACAACCCCCAACCCUCACCCAACCCCUGGUCUCCGAAACCUGACGACUAUAACAAUGUCCAGCCGAAUCAACAACAAUACGCCAACCUUGGCUACUCAGACGCAAGCCAGGCGCCUCAACGGCCAAGUCGGCGUGCGAUACCCUACGUUCGGCAGGUUAGAUCAAGCCCGGUUUGA